UGCAUCUCGAUAUUUGUACCGACCCAGCUCUUUCGAUCACAUCUCAUAGGCUUACUCAUGUGUACGACAAGUGCUGAUGGAGACUAAGCCGCCAAUGCCAUCUACCUUGUAGCCAAGCAUGAACUAAUAGAAGCCCUCACCAAACACGAUGGCUUAUAAGAUCGCGUCGCUCCAUCUUUGUUUUGCACCACGUUGAUAACAGACAGCUACAAUGAUGAACAAAACCCCUGAUGGACAAGGUGAGGGCCUGUAUGGUAUCGACAAUGCUUCCAACUCUCUCCCAGCACUGUGCGCUUGUGCACGAGGCUUUCUCUCCGAGACCUACGACUUCAUAAUCAUCGGUGGUGGCACGGCUGGCCUGACUAUCGCUGCCCGCUUGACUGAAGACCCCGACAUCGUGGUUGGUGUGCUCGAAGCUGGAAAAUCGAGGCUGGAUGACCCUCUCGUGGACACUCCCGCUACCUUCCCACAGCUUUUGGGCAACCCUGACUAUGACUAUGGAUACAAAUCUGUUCCGCAGGAAGGCAAUCGCGGAAUUAUUCAUCAUCUGUGCAGAGGAAAAGCUCUUGGUGGGUCGAGUGCUAUCAAUUACAUGCUCUACGUUCGAGGCUCGGACGCGGACUAUGACGACUGGGCGACUCUCGUAGGUGACUCGUCAUGGUCUUCCAAAGCAUUAAAGCCAUAUAUGCGCAAACAUCAGACACUCGAUCAGCUGGACGAGUCCAUAUCUGACAAUACUAACUAUCCUCAUAUCGGGAAAAAUCAUGGUACCCGAGGACCAGUCCAUACGUCUUUCAACGACAGCUCAUUUCCGAUCAAUGACCUUGCUAUAAAAGCCAUGGACGAAGUCGCCGGUCUCUCGAAGAAGCCUACAGAUCCUUGGAGUGGAGAUCAUAUCGGCUUCUUCAACACACUUGGUGCUGUUGCUCGAUCUGGACCUCACAAAGGAAAAAGAAGCUAUGCUGCUCGUGGCUACUUUGAAGCAAACGCUUGUCGACCAAAUUUGAAAGUGCUUUGCGAAGCACAAGUGACCAAGAUUGUUCUUGAAGAUGGAAUUGCCAAGGGUGUAGAGUUUGUCUUUGAUGGCAUGACUGAAACUGUUUAUGCCAAGAAGGAAGUCAUCCUUUGUGGAGGUGUGAUCAACUCGCCACAGAUCCUCGAGCUCUCUGGCAUUGGAGAUCCUGAAAAACUGAAUGCAGCUGGUAUCGAGUGCGCUGUCAAACUUCCUGGCGUCGGUGAGAAUCUUCAGGAUCAUGCUUGCGCUGUCAUUGGUCUUGACCUCAAGCCUGGAAAUAUCACACUGGACAUCCUCGGCGAUCCAGACACAAUGGAAGCAGCGACAAAAGCCCUUGUGGAGUAUCAAAAAGGACCACUGACAGCCAUCGCAAGCACACAAGGUUUCCAGCCUUACAAGUCUCAUGUCUCUGCCAGCGAGCUCGAGAGUACCAUCCAGAGUAUCCGAGAAACCCAGAGCAGUUCACCUGCAUCACCAUUCUAUAAGCGACAAUUGGAACAAGUGAUUACACAUCUCGAGAGCGACAAAUCAGCAAAUCUACAGUACAUCAUGAUUCCAGCAGGAGCAGAUUUCGAAAAUGGAAUCCGCACGCAGAAAUUGUGGCCGCCGCCAGAUAACAAUCACGCACAUCGUGUAACGAUAGCAUCGUGUUUGCAAUAUCCAGUGUCCAGAGGCUCAUGUCACAUAACAAGCUCUGAUCCCAUGGCGCAUCCUCGCAUCGACCCAGCAUACCUCAAACACCCAGCCGACAUCUCAGUCCUAGCAGCCGGUCUCCACUUUAUCGACAAAUUAACCAAAUCCCCCCACCUCGCUCCUCUCAUCCAAGCACGUUCAUACCCAGCCCCCCACCGCAACCUCUCCAGCCUCUCCGAUUGCGAAGAAGCAGUAAAAGACUGGGUCAUGGGAGAAUAUCACCUCAUAGGUACCUGCGCAAUGGGAGAAGUGGUAGACAGUAGAUUAAGAGUCAAAAGUGUCAAGGGACUCCGAGUGGUGGAUGCAAGUGUUUUCCCGGGUCAUGUUAGUGGGAACAUAUGUAGUAGUGUUUAUAUGGUUGCGGAGAAGGGUGGGGAUUUGAUCAAGGAGGAUUGGGGGAUUGAGGUUUGAGGAAGUUGGGGGAUCACGGAGUUGAAGUUUGUGAGAUGGGAUUUUUUCUUCUUUACUUUGGAUGUCAAAAUGGGGUGUAUGACCAAAAGGCAGUCUUUGAGACCAAAUUUUUUCGUGCCGUUACUCAACAACUCAAAAAAUUACGAUAUGCCUGUUUUUGUCAUUGUGAGAUGCACCAAAAUAUCCUCUUGGGCAAUGGCAUAAUGGGAUAGACGUUUCAAAACAGACACAGCUAGCAAGACAUUCUCAUCACAACUCUCAUUACUUACCACCACCACCUUUGGCCACAACCUUUUUCUCACCAUCUCUUCCCCGCCAUCAAGCAAACCUGUCGCUCGCGAUUCC